UCAAUUUUUAAUUUUUUAUAUUCCUUCCAAGGGGAGUUUUGAAAGUCGAAUCGACCGGAAAAAUUCUCAGUCUUUGACUCUCUUCUAACUCCCACCGCGUAAUUAUCAACUAGGUUUCUUAUCUCCGGCGAAUCGAAGCUCUUCUCUCUCUCUCUCUUCCAAUUUCCCCCUUUUUAGCGAUGAUUUCCAGGUAGCUUCCCGCUGAUUUCAACUUUCCGGCGGGCCAGCUAUGAUGGCAAUGGGACUUCCUCGUCUUGUUGCUAUUUCUUUUACUCUUCUUCUAGUUUCAAUCCUUCCUCUUCAUGUCUCUCUCGCUGGUGAGAUAACAUCUAUUGAAUCUGUUCCCGACCUUCAGAAGCUAAUGUAUGUUGUUGUUGAUGGGUAUCCUUGUGUACGCCUUCUCAAUCUUUCUGGAGAGAUUGGUUGUUCAAAUCCUGGAUUGAAUAAGGUGGUGGCUCCAAUCAUAAAAUUGAAGGACGUUAAAGAUUUGGUUCAGCCACACACUAUUUUGGUUACAGCUGAUGAAAUGGAAGAUUUCUUUACCAGGGUGUCAAGUGAUUUGAGCUUUGCUAGCAAAAUUGGUGGUGUUCUAGUUGAAUCAGGAUCUAAUUUCCAACAGAAAUUAACAGGCUUUUCUCCUGACAAAAAGUUUCCUCAAGCGCAGUUUUCACCCUAUGAAAACGUUGACUACAAAUGGAAUUCAGCUGCAUCAGGCAUAAUGUGGAAAAAAUAUAAUUUUCCUGUGUACUUAUUGUCAGAAAGUGGCAUAUCAGCUGUGCAGGAGAUCCUUUCCAAGAAAAAGAUGAAGCAUGGUACAUAUACCAGUGAUGUUGCUGAAUUCAAUAUGGUUAUGGAGACUACCAAAGCUGGAACACACAAUUCGGAGGCUUGUUUGCAGGAAGGAACUUGCCUCCCAUUGGGAGGAUAUAGUGUUUGGUCCUCGCUUCCACCAAUCAGUGUUUCUUCUUCCAACAACCGCAAACCAAUUGUGCUAACUGUGGCCUCAAUGGAUUCUGCAUCAUUUUUCCGUGACAAAAGUUUUGGUGCAGAUUCACCAAUAUCUGGUCUGGUAGCUCUUUUGGGAGCAGUUGAUGCUCUUUCUCGAGUUGAUGGUUUUAGUAAUUUCAAAAAGCAGCUUGUGUUUUUGGUUCUGACCGGAGAGACGUGGGGUUACCUUGGCAGCAGGAGGUUCUUACACGAAUUAGAUCUGCAUUCAGAUGCUGUCGCAGGCCUUGGCAAUUCUCCGAUUGAAACGGUGCUUGAAAUAGGAUCCGUUGGAAAAGGUUUAAGUGGAGGGAUAAACACCUUCUUUGCUCAUAAAACUAGGGUUUCCUCAGUUACAAACAUGACACUGGAUGCUUUAAAGGUAGCUCAGGAUUCACUUGCAUCAAAGAACAUCAAAAUUCUUUCAGCUGAUACUGCAAACCCUGGAAUACCCCCAUCCUCCUUGAUGGCUUUCAUGAGAAAGAACCCUCAGACUUCAGCUGUUGUUCUUGAAGACUUUGAUACCAAGUUUGUGAAUAAGUUCUACCAUAGUCACCUUGAUGACUUGUGUAAGAAAAGUCACAGCCUGACGUUCUCAUCUUUUUGCUCUAAACCCCAUUUUGCUCUUCUGAUCCCUUUCUGGUAUUGUAUUGCAGCAAAUAUCAACUCCUCAUCUGUAGUAGCUGCUGCUUCUGUUGUGGCCCGUACACUUUACAUCCUUGCAAGUGACGACAAAGAUAUAAGCAAUUCAGCUAUGGGAUCCAUCCAUGUCAAUGCUUCUUUCGUUGAGGAACUUCUAAACUGUCUUUUAGCUUGUGAACCGGGCUUAUCUUGCGACUUGGUAAAAGACUAUAUUUCACCAACAAACACUUGCCCAGGCAACUAUGCUGGCGUCAUCCUUGGAGAACCUUCCUCCAAACCUUACCUUGGUUACGUCGGUGAUGUAUCUAGAUUUGUAUGGAACUUUCUUGCGGAUAAAACAUCUGUCCAAAAGGGGAACACAACCUCAGUUUGUUCAAAAGGAGUCUGUAGCAAAACCGACGAAGUGUGCAUUAAAGCAGAGAGCAACAAGGAGGGAACAUGUGUUGUCUCCACAACCAGGUAUGUUCCAGCUUAUUCAACCCGAUUGAAGUAUAACGAUGGAGCUUGGACGAUUCUGCCUCAGAACUCAUCGGAUUCUAUGGGGAUGGUAGAUCCGGUGUGGACCGAAAGCAACUGGGACACUAUAAGGGUGCGUGUGUACACAGUCCAGCACUCAGCAUACGACAAUACAGUCCUUGUUGCAGGCAUUACAGUGACAACGUUGGCUUACAUCGGGAUUUUGGCUGCAAAGUCACUCAUCACAAAAGCAUUGAAGCAGGACUGAGACUUGUAUUUGUCAGUUUCAGCAAGACAUCGCCUAAACUAUGUAGUGGAAACCUUUUUUCUCAGCUAAGGUUAUUAAAAAAGGGUCUUUUUGAGCUAA